AAUAUAGCUAUGGCUGUUGACAGUUGACAAGUUGCUGAAUUUCGCGACUGCAUUGGUGGGCGUUUCUUAUUGGCUUAGUUAUUGUUUUACGUCACUACGCGUGAUGUCAUCGUGCGCAAUGGUACACCUUUAUAUUUACAUCAUUGUACCCAUGGAAAUAUUUCAUUGAUAGAAAAGAUUGUGGCUCGUAAUAGACGAUAUUGUUUGGUGUAGUUGAUUAAACGUGGCAGAAAAAUGACAAAGCUUUAAUUCUCUUGUGCGAAUCGUGUAAUACACACAAUCAACUAAUAAUACUCUUCAACGUCGUAAAUAAUUUUCUGCAUGUUAUUGAAUUUAUAUAUGAAAAUUCUUUUAUAGAGAGAAUAAAAUCAAGUGUUUGUUUCUCGCAUAGAUUUACGAUAGUGCCUGUCACGAUAUCUUCUAUUCCAUUUUGUCGUAUAGAUAGUAAUACAUGAUAUAGCACAUAUAUGGGUAGGGAGAUGCACGUGUAACAAAAUGACAUAUAAUAGUUAUUAAAUAAAUAAUAAUUUUGUACAUAAAAAGAGCUCUCUUAUUUGAUCAGCACCAUUUCAAUUCCUUAAAUGUAUUGCAGAAAGUACUCCUUAUUUUACAAAUAUUUAUAUAAUAUUUCUCUUUAUAUUUGUUUAUUACUUGCAGAUAUUUGCAUAAUGUUUUCGCAUAGCACAAUGAGAUGAUAGAGAUGUGAUAGAUAGUUGCAUAAAGUUGCACAAAAGUUAACGCUUUUGCUCCUGGACUUUAUAAUUUUCAUAAACAUUUUUUUAUUCAAAAUUAUUAUUUAUCAUUUUUUUCACAGUAUAUAUUAGUUUUCCUUUCUAGAAUAAAAUUUAAAUAAUUCAAUAUAUAUUUCUCAAAAUUGUAAAAGUUUAUACUGAAAUUAUUUCUAGUCAUCGCUAGCAAUUUAAUUUAAUUUUAGAACACAUUUAAGCAUAUAAGUUUUUUUAUGAUGAAAUUUUUAGUUCAGAUUUUUCAUAUAACAAUAUUUUAUACGUUUUGCUUCCAAAGAUUUAGCUUUCACGCAUGUUUUUUUAGGUAUAUCUCGAAAUAUUUAAAAAUGUGUAUAAAAUCCACUCAUAUUAAUCUACAACCGAGAAAGAAAACUAAUCUUCUCUAUCGAUAUGGAUAUGUCCUAUUAAUGCUCGCAUGCAUGAUAUUUGCAUCUAUUCAACCACAUAUUGGUGGAACAAAUGGUAUAAUCAAUGGUAAUUUUAUCAUUCACUAUUUUGCUGUGCCUUUAACAUAUUUAGAAGCUGGAUUAUUAUGCAAUCCUAAAUCUCUUUAUUCAACAUUAAGGGAUGGCUAUCUUCUGACAUUUGUCAUGACUUUCAUAUACAUUUUGAUGCCCUUUUUAGCACGCAUUGGGACAUAUCUGUUGACCUAUGCAAAAGUUAAUGUAUGGUUACUCAAAGGAAUGGAGGUGCUUUACUGCAUGCCACCACCAUUCAGUACAGGACUUGCUUUAUGUCGUUUGGCACAAGCUGAUUUGCCUACAAGUGUAAUUACUACAUUGGUAUCACAUUUUGGAGGAUUAUUUUUAUCUCCUAUUUUACUAUAUCUUAUGUUAGGAAUGUUUACUCCACCACUGGUUGGGAUCAACUUUAAGGAGACUAUAUACAGCACACUUAUUCCAUUGGGCAUGGGUAUCAUGCUACGAUCAUUUAUUUUGAAAGACAAAUAUUUGAAUAUUAACACAGGGUGGUUUUCCCAAGGGUUAUUGUUGACAAUAGCGUACCACUGGUUUUGCGAUGCUGUUUUAGCAGAUGCUUCAUCAUUACAAGCAGUAGAUAUACUGUUCUGUGUACUUAUAACGUGCGUGGGUCAGCUCCUUCUUAGCAGUUUAUGUUGGAUCUUGUGCUCUCAAUGGUUGCCGCGGAAUAUUUUGUUAGCCGCGCUAUUCACCAGCACUCACAAAUCAGUUGGUCUUGGCGGCUGGAUUUUACGAGGAGCGUACCAUGGUUCAGUUCAUGGACCAGCAGUGAAUUUACCAUUAACGAUAUUACCUGUUGCACAAUUAUUGUUAGGUAGUUUGUUAGCCAGUUGGUUAGCUCCGUAAGAAAAAAAUCUGAUGUGAUAUUAUUUUGCAUCCAUAUCUCAAUUUACAGAGAUAUUGGUUUAUCUUCCAAGCUAGUCUUAUAUGUACUAGGAUAUUUUAUAUCCUAAAAAUGAUGUAUAGAACGGCUCCUAAAAAUUAUUGCAAAUAAAUUUUAGAAAUAAUAUAUUUAAAUAGAUUGAGACUAUAUAUAUUAUAAUAUAUACAUAUAUGAAAAAAGUUUACAUU